UGUCUCUCCCCUGCUGUGCCCUUUCAAACUAAUGUGGAUGGAGCAAGCAGAGUUUGUCGUUUAGAGUGAGGAGGAUGGACAGCGCGUAGACGGGUAAAAAGAGAGGGAGAGUGGUUUGGCUGGGCCGUCAUCAGAGCAGGAAGUUCUGAGUGUGGUUAAUCAAGCGGAACAGAGGAGGGAAGCUGCUGAUCUACCCUUCCUUAUACAACAUUACAGUGCAGGGUGCAGACACUGAGACAGGAGAGAAGGCAGGUCAUGCAGCCUGUUUGACUACAGAGGAGGCUGUCUGGGCCCUGUGAUGGCGUCUGCAGGUCCAAAUCCCGAGGGUGGUGGACCUGCUUCUGGGCAGGAGUCUGGGGGUCGGAGGCUGUCCUGGCUGGUACUGCUGCUGACUCUGGCAGCGGUCACCUCGUCUCUCUCUGCUCUGUCUCUGUACCACCUGCUGGCCCUUAGGGCCGAGGUUGAGGAGCUCCGGUCAGAGGUCUUCCGCAGGAGAGAGGAGCAACAAGAGGCUAGGCAUGGAGAGACACUGCAGCAGAUGAGCAGCAGAGCCAGAAGGAGCAGCCCAGACCCUCCACACCCCCCUGACCCCCAGCCUGGGCUGUCUUUCGUCAGGAAGAGGAGUGUGGGCACAGGAACUGAGAACUCAGUGUCUCAGCCUUGUCUACAGAUGCUGGCAGAUAGCAACAGGAAAACAUUCCAGAAAGAGUUUGCGUUGGAGCCUUACACAGGGAUCCCCUGGCAGGCGGGACUUAGAAGAGGCUCCGCCCUGGAGGCAGAGAGCGACAGCAUCGUGGUCAGAGAGGAGGGAUACUACUUUGUCUACAGUCAGGUGUACUACAUGGAUACGACCUUUGCCAUGGGUCAUGUGGUGAUCAGGAAGAAGAGGAACGUGGUGGGAGAUGAAGCUCAGCAUGUCACAUUGUUCCGCUGUAUCCAGAACAUGAACCCUGUCUACCCAUACAACACCUGUUACACAGGGGGUAUAGUGAAGCUGGAGGUCGGGGACAGUGUGGAGCUGUUGAUCCCUCGCUCUACAGCCAAAGUUUCUCUGGAUGGAGACUCCACUUUCCUGGGUGCUGUCAGACUGGCCUGACCCUGACCAGGGGAGUUGGACUGGGGGCACUAGGAGAUACAAUUGCCAUCAUGUGGAAAUGGACACUGCUGGUACUAGAAGUUUUGAUCUUGGAUAUACUGGUGGUGGUGUACAAGAUAAUUAUUUUAAAUGAACUAUGGCUUGUGGGUCUGAUAGCUACAUUAUCUAUUCUACUAUGAUGCCAUCUGCUUUACAGUGAGACUGAGGGAUGGACGGACAGACUCAGAAUCAUGGCCUAUUACUGGAGAGCCUGGCUGAUGAUGCCAGUGAUGAUGAUGAUGAUGAUGAUGACGUCAGUGUCAGCCUCUGUCACUGUGUGUGUGAUCUGAAAUGUUUGAUGCUUAUACUGUCAGGUGUCUCACCAUUCACUCAUAAACUUCUUAAAUGUUAUGAUCAUAUACAAUACAUACAGUCAAGACACAGUCCCAGCCAUGACUACACAGCCCCAGCCAUGACUACACAGCCCCAGCCAUGACUACACAGCCCCAGCCAUGACUACACAGCCCCAGCCAUGACUACACUUUGAUGCCUUGAUGAUCAUUUUGACCACCUGCAUACUAGUAAAAUAGGCCCUGUUGUAUUUCAUUGUGUUGUAUCCUGUCUAUAACAAUGUUAUUGAAUGGUGCAGAGUGAGUUGUCAUCAUUCUACCAGAAGGGAGCAGCAGCACUCAAUUAAUUGGUUUCCCAAGCAGCACCUGACCAUGUAUUACAAUAAAUGCAGUUAAUCACUA